AUGUAGAAAAAGCAAACUAAAAUACAGCUUUCACCCACAUAUUAUAAAGCAGCACUAGCUACUUUAAAAUCGUAGAAGUAUCUGAAAAAUUCUGGUAAUAACACAAGAGAUGGCUCUUCAACAAUGUCCCUCGAUUCAACUACGCCAGAUACAUUCCGAUUUGAAUAACAAAAAUAAUAAGGGAUGAUUAAGCCUUUUGAUAUCACUCUUUUGUCAAGGAAAAGUCCUACAGUUCGAAAGAUUAAUGUGAGGUAGAAUAUUUCAUUAGGAUUGUCAGACAAUAUUAUUAAAAUAACAGAUGAUAAUGAAUCAGCCCCUGAUGAAAAGGGUUAUAUGAGCAAUUUAUAAACAGACUAUGCUAAGGCUCUAGAGAAACUAGCAAAGUAGCGCACAACAGCUAGAAGUUCUUAUUUCAAGCUUUCUAAACGAGGAUAAUAAAAGCCAAUUGUCAAUCAAUCAACACUUUCUUCAAAAACUCUACAGACUAUAAAUUAGAGACUAGAAAGUGAAACAAUUGAAGUCGUUAAAUAAAACAAUCUUUAAUAUAAGAACAUAAAAGAUGACGCGCAUUCUCUGCUCAUUUAAAAGCCGAAACUUUCUGUGAAAUAGAAAGUCUAGGUUAAGUAUUACUAGACAGUCCUAGAUUUGAUUAAUAAAACAGUGUAGUUAAUGAAUGACAAGUCUAACUUUAACAAAAUCCGGGUGAACAUGAAUAGUAUUAUUUAUGUGGCUCUUGUAAUAUAGGAUCCUGAAGUACUAAAGUUAGCUCAUCAAUAGUUUGGCUAUAUUUCUAUUGUUAUGAGAUAGUUCACUGAGGCAAAGAAGCAGUUUAAGUAUUUGAAAGAUGUUUGUGAGGACACUAGAGAUUACACAAUGAAAAUAUUAGCUUAUAAAAUGCUAGGUACAUGCUAUAAGCAUCUUUACUAGUAUAAGAUAUCUACAAAUUGCUACAAGAAGAUGCUAUCUUUAGCUUGGGAUAUCGGCGAUAGAUAAGCUGAGAUUUUAGCAUUUGAAUAAUUAGGUAUGAUAUAUUACUACAAGGGUUAGCUGGACAAAGCAAAGUAUUACUCAGAAAGAGCAACAAGAGGGUGGGUUGAAAAUGAUUAAAGUCAGGUUAAGCAAUUGUAAAAACGAGUCUUGUAGAAUUAGAGAGUAAGGAAUGCUUAUAACUACGGGGUGCCAAAUAUCAAGAGUGUUUUUGAGAAAUUUAGUGACAUCACAUUUGCUAUUAAUUAGUGGAUCCAUUUAGAGCUUGACAAAAUAGCGAGUCCCAUCAUGGAAGAGUAGAUAGAGGAGAUAAGUGACUCUGAUGAAUUUUAUUCAGAUGAAUCAAUUAUACCAGUCGAGAUACUAGACGAUACAACUGAUGUUUAUAGAGAGUUUGUCUUAACUAAUAAAAAUAGCAUGGGACUUACACCUGGUAGUUUGGUAUCAAAUGCAUCGGUUAAAACACUUCCCUCUCCAAAAGGCAUAAAAACAAAUAUUGAAAGUUUACCACAUUUUAAUGAGCAGGUAAAUCUGGACAUCCUAAAAAGCUGA